AUGCGAAACAUUCCCAAUUCAAAUUCCCUCUGUCUGAAUUUAGUGAGAGGCGUGGCUUGUUCUCUGAUGAAAUGCUUCUCUCUCUUUUCGAUGAGAACAGCUCUUAUACACCCACCCUAUUCUCUCCUCUCGACUCAUUUUUCUCAUAUUUCACAUUUCAGACGCAACAGCUCUCAUUUUAGGUCCCAACGAGGGUUAAAGAUGUUCCCCGAAAGCAGUGAAAGAGGGAAUGAAUGUGGCGAGAAUCCUUCGGCAUCGUCUGCAAUGGAGAGCAGCAUCAAGCCCAGUCCAAAAUGGCUUAUUCCUAAAUGGGCGAUGUGGGCUCUUGGAUCCUUAUCAUUGUUUCUUCCUUUUCGGAAAACAAACCGGAACAAAGCCAUAAAAAUUGAAGGUGAGGUGGAAGAGGUGAUAGAGAAGGUGGAAACUGUGGCUAAGGUUGUCGAAAAGGUGGCAAUUGUGGUUGAGGAAGUGUCUUCAUAUAUUGCUGACAAACUUCCAGAGGGUGGAAACCUCAAAGAAGCAGCCAUCCUUGUCGAAAAUGUUUCAAAGGAAGUUGUUAAUGAUGCUCAGGUCGCCAAGGAUUUAAUUCACAAGCUAGGUGAAUUGAAGGACGAAGUAGAAGAAGUUAUUGAGCCAGUAGUCAAAAAUCAAGAGUUGCUCAGGGCUAAACAUGACAACAAGAAAACAUGAAUUCAAUUUCUUUAUUGAUGUCAUAAAUCUUGCUCAUUCAGAUUUGGCUAAGGAUUCAUUAUCCUUACCUUGUCGA